AUGGCGCACGAAGCAGCAGCUGCGCAGCAUUAUCCCACGAGCAGCCUCUAUGUAGUGGCCACGCCUAUAGGCAACCUAGCAGAUAUGAGCCUGCGAGCGCUUUAUGUGUUGCAAUUGGCAGACACAAUAGCCUGCGAGGACACGCGCCAUAGCCAAGCGCUGCUACAACACUACGGUUUAUACGGCAAAAAGCUAUUGGCAUUGCACCAACACAAUGAGGAGCAAGCCGCGCAAGACCUUAUCCUGCGUUUAAAGGCAGGCGAGCGCGUAGCCUACAUUAGCGAUGCUGGCACACCCGCCAUCAGCGACCCAGGUGCCAGACUGGUGCGAGCCGUACGCCAGGCAGGGCAUCGUUGUGUGCCCCUUCCUGGAGCCAGCAGUAUUACCACCCUUAUGAGUGCUGCGGGAGCGGUCUCAGAAUCCGUCCAAGGUGCAGCGCAGGCGGGGUUUGCAUUCUGCGGUUUCUUACCAAGCAAAAGCCAGGAGCGACAAACCGCCAUAGCGCGCAUGGCAGAGCAAAGCGGUGCACAAAUGUGGCUGGAGUCGCCGCACCGCAUCGUCGCCAGCAGCCAGGAUUUGCAAAAACUGGGCAUACGCCAGCUCACAGUAGGCAGAGAACUCACCAAACAGCACGAAGAAAUCGUCACCAUCCCAGCGCAAGACUUGCACAGCUGGCUGCAAGCCAACCCACAGCGCCAGCGCGGUGAAUAUACGCUAUUGCUACACCCCGUGAAUGCUAAGGGAGAUUUUGCACAAAAUCAAAAGCUUGCAGCACAAGAAACGUUAAAAGAAACACUAAUAUUGCUUCUGCCCCAUAUGCCCCUCAAAUCUGCUGUAGCACUAGCAGGUAAAUUGCAUCCAGACAUCACGCGCAACGAUUUAUACCAAAUUGGACUAGAACUCAAAAAAACGCUCAGCACUGAACAGCCAACGCCCCAAUCCCUACCC